UAAAUCAUGAUAGAAUGAUAUCAACAUAGACCCAUUCGUUUCGAUUGCCAUUCAGCAUCCUAUUCCAAAUUCAUUCUCAAGACAUGGAUACAGAGCAAGAAGAGAUGCAAUUCCUAGGCCUCUUCGGAGUCUACAGAGAAUCCUCCAAGAUCAUCGUCUCAUGCAGAAAAAUCUUCAGCCAAAUCACCCUUACUCUAAUCCUCCCUCUCACCUUCAUCCUCCUCAUCCACUUACAACUCUCCAACAUGAUCAUCUCCUCCGAGUGGGCCACCUAUUGGCUCUUGGAGCUUACCUACAUCACCUUCCUCCUCAUCUUCUCCCUCCUCUCAACCUCCGCCAUCGUCUACACCGUCGCCUCGAUCUACACCGCGAGAGACAUAACGUUUCGCGGAGUCCUCAGCGUUGUCCCAAGAGUCUGGAAGAGACUCAUGGUCACUUUUCUCUCCACUUUUGUGGCGCUUUUCAUUUACAACUUUGUGGCGUUUUUUGUUUUGGUCAUACUGGCACUCACAGGUCUGAGACGGAGUUAUGCGAUUCCAAUUAUGGUUGUCAUGGGGAUAUUUUAUAUUGCUGGGUUUGUGUAUUUGACUGUGAUUUGGCUAUUGGCGAGUGUUGUGACGGUUUUGGAAGACUUUUAUGGGUUUAAAGCAAUGAUGAAGAGCAAUGAGUUGAUAAAGGGGAAGAUGGGUUUGUCAAUACUCAUAGUUUUGAUGCUCAAUGUUCCCUCCUCUUUGAUUUACCUUUUGUUCAACAAGUUGGUGGUGCAAGGAAUGAAGCUGGGUUAUGUGGAAAGAACAGCUUAUGGGAUCUUGUGUCUCAUACUUUUGUCUCAUAUGCUUCUGUUUGGGCUUGUGAUCCAAUCUGUGCUUUACUUUGUUUGCAAGUCCUACCAUCAUCAGAAUAUUGACAAGUCUGCUUUGUCAGAUCAUCUUGAAGUGUAUCAUGGUGAGUAUGAGCCAUUGAAGGCCAAAGGUGUUCAGCUGGAGCACUACCUGGUCUAAUAGAUUGCCUAGAACAAACACCUAUAAUUGUUUAUCUUUAUCUAAAUUGGCAUAUGCAUGUUUAUAUAUAUAUACAUAUAUCUGAGAUCUGCCACGGUUCAAUUUCUUGAUGUUCAAAGAAUUAAGUACUACCAUUUUGUGAAAUUGAAUGAAGCACCUGAUAGUUAUGAGUGGUGAAAUCUAAGGAUUAUCCGUAUCCUGUGUGGCUUUCUUUUUGGGUAAGAUAUUAGUAAAUUCUUGGAGUUCUGUUCAUGUCAGCUCCUGUACUUCUGAAUUAUGGUAAUUAGUGCUAUUAAUCAACGGAUUUUAGCAUCGAGUUUCAUGAAGAAUGUCAGUUGGCUUCUUCCUAGUUUCGUUAUCCAUAAAUCUAGGAGGAAAAUUCUAGAAGGUUAAAGCCGUUGAGCACGAUUUGUGCUGUUAUUUAAGACUCUCUUGUACCUUAUUUGAUCAUAGUGGAGCUUGAUUACUGGCUACUGCCCA